CUGAAAGUGAAAUUAGACUGCGGGCUUGCAAAAGUGAAGCUGCAAAACAGUCUAGCCAAGUCUGCGGACCCUGGUAAGAUUCCACGGCAGAUGUCACACUCUACAACCUCAAAAAUGUCCCUGGAAAAGAUGUGGGAGGAGGUCACCUGUUCUAUCUGCCUGGAGCCCAUGGUGGAGCCUAUGAGUAUCGAAUGUGGCCACUGCUUUUGCAAGGAAUGCAUUUCUGAGGUUGGGGGAAAUGGGGGCGGUUCAUGUCCCGUGUGCCGGCAACGCUUUCUGCUCAGAAACCUCAGGCCCAAUCGGCAUAUAGCAAACAUGGUGGAAAACCUUAAACAAGAGGCCCAGAAUACCAAGAAGGGCCCCCAGGAAAUGCACUGCAUGAAGCAUGGAGAGAUACUUCACCUGUUCUGUGAGGAAGAUGGGCAGGCCCUUUGCUGGGUGUGUGCCCAGUCUGGGAAACACCGUGACCACACCAAGGUCCCCAUUGAAGAGGCUGCUAAGAUAUACCAGGAGAAGAUUCACACAGCUUUAGAAAAACUGAGAAAAGGGAAAGAGUUGGCUGAGAAGUUGGAAAUGGAUCUUGCAAUGCAAAGAACAGACUGGAAGAGGAACAUUGACACCCAGAAGUCGAGGAUUCACGAAGAGUUCGCACAUCAGAAUAGCUUGCUGGCUCAGGAGGAACAGAGGCAGCUGCAGAGGCUGGAGAAGGAUGAAAGGGAGCACCUGAGACUCCUUGGGGAGAAGGAGGCUGAGCUGGCUGAGAAGAACCAGGCCCUGCAGGAACUGAUCUCAGAGCUGGAGAGGAGGAGCCGAGGUUCAGAACUGGAGCUAUUGAAGGAGGUGAGGAUCGUCCUGGAAAGGAGUGUAUCCUGGAAACUGGACACGGUAGAUGUUGACUCCCCAGACCUGACAAGCACAUGCCAUGUGCCAGGGCGGAAGAAGAUGCUGAGGACCUGUUGGGUUCAUAUUACUCUGGAUCGUGACACUGCCAACUCGUGCCUCAUCAUCUCAAAGGAUCGGAGACAAGUGAGGAUGGGAGACACCUAUCAGAAUGUGUCUGAAAAUGCUGAGAGAUUUAAUAAUUACCCCAUGGUGCUAGGUGCCCAGAGAUUCUCCUCUGGGAAGAUGUACUGGGAGGUAGAUGUGACCCAAAAGCAGGCCUGGGAUUUGGGGGUUUGCAGAGAUUCUGUACAGAGGAAAGGGCAUUUUUCACUCAGUCCUGAAAAUGGCUUCUGGACCAUUUGGCUUUGGCAAAAAGACAACUAUGAGGCUGGUACCAGUCCUCAGACCACCCUCCAUAUUCAGGUACCUCCAUGCCAAAUUGGGAUCUUUGUAGACUAUGAAGCUGGCAUUGUCUCCUUCUACAACAUAACUGACCAUGGCUCCCUCAUCUACACCUUCUCAGAGUGUGCUUUUAUUGGACCUCUGCGACCCUUCUUUAGUGUCGGUUUCAAUGAUGAUGGGGGGAAUUCAGCCCCUCUAAAGCUCUGUCCACUAAAGAUAUGAUGGUCAGUAACAGUGCCUGCUGACAGCACCUCCCAGGCACUUACCUCCUCCUUGUCCUGAUCUAGAUCCAAUGACUGACUACUGAGGACCAUUUCUGGAUACCCCUACUCACUUCCUGUUGGUGUUCUUCAGCCAUGCACUUUGUCAUUUUGACCAGUCUAGUUGGAGCUUCCAUAAAGCCUCAUCUCUUUAGAGUCAGGGUCCCAGAAUGAAGGCAUCAGCUGGACAUAACUAGAAGUCCAUGUCAACUGACCUUCAACAUCAAUGUACCUGACAUAGAUUCCUCAGUGAUUCCUCAAUGAAACAGACUCCUCACAUUGGACCCAAACUCGUCUAGCUCAGACAAAAGCCCAUCUCUGCCUCCUUUGUAUGACUUUCUUUGUUUUCUCUUUCCUUGGUUGUUACCUCUAGCCAGAUACCCAUCUAUUCCCGUACCUUCUGUGGCUUGCGGAAGGACUUCCUAAAAAUUGUGCCUUGGUCUAUCCUAUUCAGUUCUUGGUAAAGCUCAAAAUAUUAGUCUUUAACAUUGUACAUCUUUUGGUUUGCUUGUUUGUUUGUUAUUAGGGGAGGUUUGGGGUUUAUUGUUGUUUGUUUGUCUGUUUUCCCUCCCUGGAAUGCUCUAUGCACCUCAUCUGUAGACCCAGGUCAAGAAUAUCUUCCAGGGUAACAAACAAAAACCAGGAUAAAGUAGUGAAAGUGGUUCAGACAAGAGCUGAAUGUAACACUGAGAGUAUACUCAAUAUCCCCAGUGAGAGCCAAAGUCUAGGUGCCAUGCUGGUCUGGUUAGUGAGUCCCUUCUGUUGAUUCUCACAGGGUGGAACAGCUGUGCUUGGACACUGCCUACUGUCAGUUUGCCAAUACUCUGUUCCCUGCUUCCAUUGCCUUGAAGAAAGUGAAAUUAGUAGCUGAACUCGUACACAGAUAUUUUUGAGAACUUCGAAAAUACUGUCAGAAGAGUUAGGAGAAAGUAUGGACAAAUGUACAAUAAAGAAAAUCCAAGAUGGUUUCUAUGAGGACAUCAUCAUUGAGCUAAAGAUACGUUAGCAAUGCCAAUUAAUGGCUCAGUAGGCUAAAUGAGGUUCAAGUGUAUCUAGUUCAUGAAAAAAACAUUAAAAAAAACUUAAGCACUAAUAUUUACAUUGAUCUUUCAUUCUUGUGUUCUGUCUUAGAGUUGACACUAUAAGUAAUAGUUUGUAUCUUUUGAUUUUCAUACUGGUGGAAGGCAGCUAUUAAAAUGAUACAACUUUCAUUUCCUCAAAAUCUGAACACCAUACUGUACCAGAUUUCCUCACUACCUGGAGAUGUAUGUUACACAGAUACUAAAUCCCUUGUUCUCCACUGCAAGGAAUUAUGAGGUUUCAUACCAUCUCAACUUUUCACCCCCAUAGUCAAUAACAAGUGGUCUGGGUAUGAGAGUCUUGUUUGUCACAUAAAAGCUACCUUAAAAAAGAUCUCCAAGUACUGGUUCCAAUUCUGAUUAAUAUUGUCUUUGAAGGUCAAAUAAAGCCUGUUAAUUUUC